AUGAGGGGGCAGGAAAAUGGCUACACGCCUCUUGUGAAAAGCCAAAUGACACAAGUCCUUUCAUCUCCAUCUGACACGCCACUCGGUUCGUACGAAGAUCAAGGGUUGGGGGUAGCUGAUAGGACACUUUGGCGAAUAGUGAGAGAGCAACACGCGUCGCAAGUCAAGUUCUUGGCGUGUGAGUCCUUCCUCGUUAUGGGAGUCAUGUGUACGUUGGCAAUGUCUAUGACACUUAGGCAUCCUCGAGUAACUCAUCUCAGUGGAGAAGCCCCUCCUCGGUUGGAGAUACCUUCGGCGUCCAGUGAUGACUCACCUCGGGGCCGACCACAUUGCAAGACGACAAAAUUUGACUUCAAAGGUAGAGAUAAUGGACUAAGGCAAGCAUGCCUUUUGAUUAAGAUAAAGUAG